AUGAAAGUUUACGCAAGUCUUGAAAAUGCUCUCAAAACCUUUGGACCCUCCUCAAGGCAGUACCAAACCAUACUUGAAAUGUUGAAAGAAUGUCUCCGGGAUAUUGAGAACGAAAGCCAAAAGCAAAGCAAAGCCCAGGUGGUUGAUGCAGACAUGCUAAGCAUUGCCAUGGGAUUCUUAGAAAUUGGGAAAUAA